GAUGACGAUGAAGAUCAGAGGAUGGAUGAAGAUCAGAGGAUGGACUAAGAUCAGAGGAUGGAUGAAGAUCAGAGGAUAACGAUGAUCCUGAAUAAAUCUCUCUCAUGAUCAGCAAAGAGAGAGGGGUGUUACCGGUUCCGUUCGGGAGGAGAACGGAGCAGCAAACCGGUAAAGGAAGGAGACCGGAGGAGGCGCUGAUGCUGCUCGGCAGCGGGCGGAGUCAGGGGGGGCGGGGCGGGGAGAGCGCGGAGGCUGGCACGCGGAAGGAGAAUGGAGCGGAGAGGAAGAGGCUCCAGCUGAAGGCGCCCCCCCCACCAGCGGGACACACACUUGUUGAACGUCCUCCUCUCCGCCGGCGUUUCCCGGUCUCCCUCUUCCCGUGUCCGUGCGUGGCGCGCGCGCCCGCCGCAGCCUCGCGGCUCCGGUUUGGAUCGAUGUCAUCUUCUAUUCAUCCGCGCUCGUGAGCACCGGGAAUCCGCUCCACGCGGCGCCGCGGCCGCGAGGACACGAGAGCUCCGCCUCGGAACUGCAGGUGUGCGCACGCGGACGCUUUUCCUGGAGUGGUGCGCGCGGGCCGCUUUUCCGGAUCCUUCCAGGAGCCGCCGAGCUUCGCGCCCCCUCCGCGGGUCCACGCGGAAACGCGACGUCACAUCCCCUUACCGCCCGGCAGAACCGCCGCACGACCGAGACCGUUCCGCGGAAACCCUCCCCGAACACUCCCCCCCGGCCCGGCGGCAUGACUGCGUGCAGGGGGGGCAGCGUGUGCUAGAGACUCCGCCGGGAUUCCGCGGGCAUGGCGGACCGGAGCCCGCAGAGCGGGAAGGCGUCCGAGGCGCUGCGGAGCCUCGCGCCGGGUCACCGCUUCCGGAAGGUGACCCUGACCAAGCCCACCUUCUGCCACAACUGCAGCGACUUCAUCUGGGGGCUCGCGGGCUUCCUGUGCGAAGUCUGUAACUUCAUGUGUCACGAGAAAUGCCUGAAGACGCUGAGGACCGUCUGCUCCUGCAUGGCGCCCUCUCAGGUCCAGGUGCCGGCGGCUCAUUGCUUCGGUCCGGCGGGUCAGAAGAAACGCUUCUGCUGCGUGUGCAGGAAACAGACGGAGGGAAGCACGGCGCUGCGCUGUGAAGUGUGCGAGCUGCACGUCCACGCUGACUGCGCCCCCUUCACCUGUGCAGACUGUCGCUGCUGUCACCUGGACGGGACUCUGGACGGAGCUCAGGAAACCUUCCAGCAUCACUGGAGGGAGGGAAACCUGCCGUCAGCAUCCAGGUGUGACGUCUGCCGCCGGUCCUGCAGCUCGUCGGAGGUCAUGGUGGGGAUGAGAUGCGAGUGGUGCAGCAUGACGGCCCACCCCUCCUGUUACCACAGCGUGCCUCUAGAGUGCGCUGUUGGCCGUCUGCGCUGUAUGCUCCUGAAGCCGACCUGCGUUCGCAUGGACUCCAGAAACUUCAGUAAGAUGCACUGUUACCGGAUCACGGAGACCUUCAGCCACGAGCCAGAAACCUCUGAUGACUGCGAUCCUUCUGCAGCAGUCAAAGACCUGCAGCCAGCACCUGCAGAGUCAGGAAAGCAGCUCCUCAGGGUGUUUGAUGGAGACGACGGCGUGACCAGAGGCUUUUACCGCUUGGCGUCCAUCUGCAGAGCGACGAGAAAUGAGGAGCUAGUGGAGGCGGCUCUCAGGGCGUUCUACCUGCCUGGAGAUCCACAGAACUUUGAGCUGCAAGAGCUCGGCGGUUCCCACAGCGAGGACAUCAGGAACCGGAACGGCAGUGAGCCGGAUAACCGCAACUCGCUGAAGGACGGCGGCGACUCCUGGCUGCUGAGGGCCAAACGGCGAGACACAGACGUCAUCAAGGUGUACGUCAGUGUGCCCAGAGUGAGAGAAACGAAUGUGAGCGUCUGCGUCUCCGAGGAGAGCACGGCGGCGUCCGUCAUCGCAGAGGUCCUGCUCCAGCUGGACAAACAGGGUGAGGAGGUCUCGCAGCUCCGCCUCCUGGAGGUCUGCAUGAGCGGGAAACAAGUGCAGAGGCAGACGCUGAGCUCGGAGGAGAAGAUCCUGGAGAAACUGCGGGACAUCAGGAAGGUGUCACUGCGGCAGAUGAACCAGACCAGGUUCUACCUGGUGGAGAACCAGAACCGGGCCGUGAGCGUGAACCUGCUGAUAGGAGGACUGCCCCCCCUGCUGAGCAAAGAGCAGUACAUGCAGCUGGUGCAGGAGCAGCUGGCAAUCAAGAGUCACCUGGUCACUGUUGGGCAAAUCUACAGCAGUCAAGGCGCAGCAGAGCUGCAAGUUUCCUGCUUCUCUGAAGCUGAGAGGAUCUACAUGCUGGCCAGAGACACGUCCUGCAACAACAAGUCGCUCAGCUGCCUGGUGGUCCCACUGAUCCAGAUAAACAAACAGGAACGGGAAGACUGCCCCCUGCUGGUGUUUGUCAAUCCGAAAAGCGGCGGUUUGAAGGGCAGAGAGCUGCUCUACAGCUUCCGGAAGCUGCUGAACCCUCACCAGGUCUUUGACAUCUCCAACGCAGGACCUCUCGUGGGCCUCCACUCCUUCAGAGAGGUCCCCAGGUUCAGGAUUUUGGUCUGCGGGGGCGACGGGACCGUUGGCUGGGUUCUGGGGGUUCUGGAGGCUGUUAGACACAAGCUGGUCUGCCGAGAACCGCCCAUCGGCAUCGUACCGCUGGGAACAGGCAACGACUUGGCUCGAGUCCUGCGCUGGGGGGCGGGGUACAGCUGCGAAGACCCCCACAGCAUCCUGGUUUCUGUUGACGAGGCUGAUGAGGUUCUGAUGGACCGCUGGACCAUUCUGCUGGAUGCUCAGGACAUGUCAGAAGACAGCAAGGACCAUAACUAUCUGGAGCCACCCAAGAUUGUCCAGAUGAACAACUACUUUGGCCUCGGCAUCGACGCCGAGCUCAGCCUGGACUUCCACCUGGCUAGAGAAGAUGACCCGGAUAAAUUCACCAGCAGGUUCCAUAACAAAGGUGUGUACGUGAAGGUGGGUCUGCAGAAGAUCAGCCACACCAGGAGUCUGCACAAAGAGCUGCAGCUGCAGGUGGACAACCAGAGCGUGCCACUGCCCAGCAUCGAGGGGCUGAUCUUCAUCAACAUCCCCAGUUGGGGUUCUGGCGCCGACCUGUGGGGGUCAGAGGUGGACGGGCGCUUCGGGAAGCCGCGCAUCGAUGACGGCCUGCUGGAGGUGGUGGGGGUCACCGGGGUGGUGCACAUGGGUCAGGUCCAGAGCGGUCUGCGCUCCGCCAUCCGCAUCGCUCAGGGGAACUACGUCAGGCUGACGCUGAGCAAAGCCACACCUGUGCAGGUGGACGGGGAGCCGUGGAUCCAGCCCCCCGGCAUCAUCAUCAUCUCUGCUGCAGGACCCAAGGUCCGCAUGCUGAGGAAGGCCAAGCAGAAGCAGAAGAAGUCUUCAUCCAACGUCAGAGACAGCCGCUCCGAGAGCCCGCCCUCCAGAGACGGCCAUCACUGAGCCGCCGCGUCCUGGAUCCUGGAGCUGUGGAGCGGAACCGCCGGGCGACCCGGAAGGAGGUCCGACGACGAGCAGCUGCUGAUCCGUUAGCAUUUACCUCCUGGUUACUGGAAGCUGAGAGCCGGGUUCCUCAGUCCGACAGAAUCUCAGAACCGCCGUUCCUGCCGGUGGAAGUCCAGUCUUUUGUUCAAUACUUGAAGGUUCAUCUGAACCGGGCCGGGUCAAACGGACCGCAGCUCUCUCCUAAGAAGAUGAACGACCUUCAUUAAGCUUUCAAACGCUGACUGUAGUAAUGUUCAAAGGUGAAACGUUUGGUGACCUCCAGAAACACCUGGAGGAGAUCCAACCUGCAGAUUCACCUGGAAAACUGACUUAGAUUUUACUGACAUGACAGAUCGUCGACCGUCAGGUUGAUUAUGACAGAUCUCCGACCGUCAGGUUAACUAUGACAGCUCUUCGAUCGUCAGGUUGAUUAUGACAGAUCUUUGACCAUUAGAUUAGCGAGUACAGAGCUCUGACAGAUUACCUAUAUUUGUUUUACCGUUAGAUUAAAUGUGACAGCUCUUUGACCAUUAGAUUAACUAUGAUAGAUCUUCGACCAUCAGGUUAACUAUGACAGAUCUUUGACCAUUAGAUUAGUGAUUACAGCUCUUUGACCAUUAGGUUAACUAUGAUAGAUCUUCGACCGUCAGGUUGAUUAUGACAGAUCUUUGACAGUUAGAUUAGCGAUUACAGCUCUUUGACCAUUAGAUUAACUAUGACAGAUCUUUGACAGUUAGAUUAGCGAUUACAGCUCUUUGACCAUUAGAUUAACUAUGACAGAUCUUUGACCGUCAGGUCGAUUAUGACAGAUCUUUGACCAUUAGAUUAGCGAUUACAGAGCUCUGACAGAUUACCUAUGUUUGUUUUACCGUUAGAUUAAAUGUGACAGCUCUUUGACCGUUAGAUUAACUAUGACAGAUCUUUGGAGAACGAUUCCAUCCCCUUAGAUUCUAAAUGUCUGGUUAACUCGAUGCUCAGAAAUCCGUCUCUCAGGAUAUGAACAGAAUCUAAAUCGUUUUUACCAGUCAGGAUUCAGUCAACAAACGUUUUACUGAAACUUAUGAAGAAUUUUAGCUGAAUGGCUCUGGAACUGACCAAUCAAAGGAAGCUGAAUCUUCUGAGGGGCGGAGCUUGUAAACCGCCAUUGAUUUUACCGAACUAUGGGGUGGGGGUUAGGUGGUUAUAUUCACAGCAAUGAUGACACUGAUAGGCUGAAGCCGUUUGAGAUUUCAGAGGAUCACUGACAGGAUUCCGUUACCAUGACAACCUUAGCAUCCCGUCAGACUGAAGACGGCUCUGCUGUCCAGGGAUCAGCCUGAUCUCCAGAUUAAAGUGUAGAUCUCCUCCUGGGAUCAGUCUGAUCUCCACAUCAAAGUCCAGAUCUCCUGGGAUCAGUCUGAUCUCCAGAAGAGCAUCUCCCUGAGGAAGGAUUUGACUGUUUUUCUCUGUGGUCUCUUGGAUUGGACAGAGAUCUCGUUGGAUUCUGAAUCUGUUAAUAGGAAGGUUUUUGACGUGGCCUAACGAAUCUGUUUUGGCUGUAAUCCUUUUGUUUCUCUGGUUGUGGCGUUUUGGUGCUGGAACUCGACUGUUUUAGGUCCGGUGCUUCUGAAGCUUCGGCCAGUGUUUGGAACCGCGAUGAGCUCUGCCUGUUUGGCACCAGGGGGCAGCAGUGAGCGGAUAAACAAACCAUCAGGUUUUCCUGAAGCUCUGCAGUCUUUUCUUCCUGCUUGUCUUCACCAGUAGAUGCCUUUCCUUUCCUUUCCGUUCUUUUCCCAUCACAACGCACACAGAUGUUGGGGGAGGGGCACAGACAGGAAGUACUCCCUUUCUAGGGUCAAAUCGUUUUGCUCUGCAUAAAUGUUGGUUUUGGGGAUUUUACUGAAGUUUAGUUUUUAUUUAGUUGCCCCCCAGGUCCUAGCUCCUGCCCUGUAUUCUCAAUCUUUUAGUUUGAUUCAGUGAAAGUCUGGACCGACUUUUGUGUUAAAUUGUGUGUAAACAAAGACACAAAAAUCAAAAGUGAUGUUUAAUGAUAGUUUGGCCCCGCCCUUGCAGGCGGGACCUCUUGUCCAUCAGUGACACUGCCAUUCACUCUGUGAUGUUGCUGCUUUGAUCUUCUCUCCUUUGUGUGUGUGGCUCCGCCCCUUGGGCUCCAUGUGGGCGGGGCCUCGCUUCAGUGCACUGAAAUGAUGGUGUGGUGCCGCUCUCGUGCCUCUGGACGUCCUGCAGAUGUUUUAAUGUUUGUACUCACAGGUCUUAGAUGACAUGAAUAUUUUUGCAGACAGAAGCUGUUUUUACCCUCAGCUGUUUCGUUAAACUGUAAAUUGCACUAAUUGUUGGACAGAUUCUCGUAGAUUUAAUGUUUGGACUCAUGCUGAGCUAAAGUGUCAUGUCGGUGUAGAUGUUUCCAUGUUUAAAAUCACAUUCAAAUAAAAACUAAACAGCA